CAAUCGACCACUGGCGAUUCCAACCAAAGCAACAACGAGGUGCAUGCGGUCUGCAGCUCGUACUCUACUCCAGACAAUCCCUAGACAACUCUAUCGCCCCAGCGCGCUCCCCACUCCGAGACUCUACACCCUUCGCGCAAUGUCAGCUGCCGCAUCACCAACAUCAACACCCCCGCCGAAGCGGGUCCGCGCCGAGUCGCCUUCUGCCGAUGUCAAGGAGGAGGCCGCCAUGAACAGCACUGUGGACCCGUCCUCGUCCAAGCCCGCACCAAAGCAGCAGCAGCAGCAGCGCAAGAACAACGGCCCGCAGGGCAAGGGCAAGCGUAAGCGCAACCGCCGCGUUCUCCCCGACCCCUACUCGCCCGGAGACAUCCUGUACCACGACGUCGUCGACUUCCUCGGCAAGGAGUACACCGACGCCGUGCUCGCCAAGGGCGACGACAGCGAGUGGGACGCGCCCGUGGAGCUGGAGCGGUUUUCCGAGAUUGAGCUGACCGUCGGCGUCAUGACCGUUUCUGGCGAGAGCUUGUCGUUGUACGAGAAGGACGGCAAGAAGUGGGCCAUUGUGGUGCCCUUCGCCCACCCCGGGGACAAGAUCCGGGCCAAGAUCAUCCAGAACCAACGGUUCAGCACCUCGGCCGACCUGGUCGAGAUUGUCGAGUACUGUGACGACCUGCGUGGUGGAGAGGGCGACCGCAGGAAGAACCCCGAGGCGGGGUGCAAGUACUUUGGCGAGUGUGGCGGUUGCCAGCUCCAGCCCGUUCCGUACGCCCUGCAGCUCAAGCACAAGCAGCGCACCGUCGACCUCGCGUACAAGCGCUACUCGCUCCUUGACGCGGCCAAGGUGCCCGAGAUCCUGCCUACGAUUGCCAGCCCGAAGCAGUGGGCCUACCGUACUAAGAUCACACCGCACUUUGACGCCGUCCCCAAGUGGGCCAAGGCGCAGGAGGCCGCCAAGGAGGAGAACCCCGAGGACGCGUCGCUUAACGCUGAGAGGACGUGGACGUGCAAGAUUGGCUUUGACCGCAAGGGAAUGCCGGGUGUCUUGGACAUUGAGGAGUGCCCCAUUGCCACAGACGUGUUGAAUGCCAAGCUUGGCCCCGAGCGCCAGCGGAUCAAGGAGACGAUCUCCACCUUCAAGCGUGGCGCCACUCUCUUGCUACGAGACUCGCUUCCUGCUCCCGACCCGCUGCCGUCGAAGGAGAAGCCGUUUGAUGUCUCCACGUUCGACGCCAACACCCCCCAUAUUGCGGUUACCAACCACAAGGAAGCUGUGUACGAGAAGGUUGGCGAUUACCUCUUCUCGUUCUCGGCUGGCUCGUUCUUCCAGAACAACAACUCGAUCCUCAUCCCGCUCACCGACUACGUCAAGAAGGCCAUUUUCCCACCAGGGUCCACGGCCAAGCGCCCCACGCACCUGGUUGACACUUACUGCGGCUCUGGACUGUUCGGCAUCACACUGUCGCCCGAGUUCGAGCGCAUCGCCGGUGUCGACGUCUCUCCAGAGGGCAUUGCCGCCGCAGGGAAGAACGCGGGUAUGAAUGGACUCCAGGACAAGACGACUUGGCUGUGUGGCAAGGCCGAGGACAUCUUCGGUGGACUGGCAGAGAAGGGCUUUGGUGGCGAGCACUCUUGCAUUGUCAUUGACCCCCCUCGCAAGGGAUGCGACACGCCAUUCCUCGAGCAGUUCCUCAACUUCAAGCCCCUGACGGCGGUGUAUGUCUCGUGCAACGUCCACACGCAGGCACGCGACAUUGGAUGGCUCAUCAACGAGUCGGAGAAGCGUGGUGAGGGCAAGUGGCGUUAUGAGCUCGAAAGCCUGCGCGGCUUUGACCUGUUCCCUCAGACAGCGCACGUCGAGAGCGUCGGCGUGUUGAGACUCGUGGAGACAAACUAGACUCUAUAUCAUAUUUGUAUCAUGCAUGGGUAUCCGGGUACA